GCAUGUGAUUUGUAGGCCGAAAGAAACAAGAGGCCCAAGCCCAACUGACCAACGCUUCUUUCCAAGCUCUCCUCUGCCGCCGCCUCACCGCCGCCGCCGCCGACGCCGCCGCCAUGUCGGGCUUCGUUCGGCGUCUCGCGGGCAUCCCGUGGCGGAGCAUCGCGGGGGACGCCCUCUCGCGCGUGUUCCUGGUGGCGCAGGCCUACUGCGCCGUCCACGUCGUGGACCAGCACCUCUGCUCGCUCGCCUUCGUGCGGGGCCCCAGCAUGCUGCCGGCCAUGAACCUGGCGGGCGAUGUGGUGGCGGUGGACAGGGUCAGCGCGACGCUCGGCCGGGUCGCGCCCGGGGACGUCGUGCUGAUGAUCUCCCCCGAGGACCCGCGCAAGUCCGUCGCCAAGCGCGUCGUCGGGAUGGAAGGGGACUCCGUCACCUACCUCGUCGACCCCGGCAGCAGCGACGCCUCCAAAACCGUCGUGGUACCACAAGGUCAUGUUUGGGUGCAGGGUGAUAAUCCUUAUGCUUCUAGGGAUUCAAGGCAAUUUGGAGCCGUGCCUUAUGGUCUCAUUACAGGGAAGAUCUUUUGUCGGGUUUGGCCACUGGAGGGCUUUGGUCCAAUUGAUUCAAACCAGUCUUAACAGGGCAGAUGGACCCAUAUUAUUGCUUGUGCCCAGAGAUUUAAUAACGAACUGCAGGGCCCUUGAGCUUGAAAGCUUUCGAUCUACUAGAGCACAUUGCUACAGAGAAGCAGAGUUUAUCUUGACGUCCAAUGUUUUGAGUUUUAUUGUAUGUGUAGUAACAGUUUUGGUUAUCAGACCUGAAACCCCAAUCAGCACAUGUUCUGAUACAGUUUCUUGUGCUAAUGCGGGUUGUAACUUUACUGCCAGUGGAUCCUGAAAACCUGAUUGAUUCAUGUAAAUUGAGGCACAUUUGUUUUGACUUCUGAGCAUAUCAAACUGAAUUACAAACUUGUGCGUUCA